AUGCCUCACUUCUCGCGGCCCAGCAUACGUGACAGGGAUCUGGACCAUAUUCUGAACGAAACUCUUGGGUUUCAGCAUAUAUAUGCCAUUGGCCUGAAAGAACGCACGGAUAAGCGUGACUUCUUGACUGUGGCAGCCUCAGUCACAGGCUUCAAGGUUGAAUGGCUUGACGGGGUUCUUACAAAAGACCUACAGCAGAAAAGCUUACCUAAAGGAUACAACCUUACUACUGUCCAGCCUACCAUUAUUGGAUGUUGGCGAGCUCACAUGAAUGCAUUAAACAGGGUCAUCGAUAACUCGUAUUCUACUGCCUUGAUACUCGAAGAUGAUGCCGAUUGGGAUGUGGGAAUCAAGUCUCAACUACGUGAAUUUGCCCGAGGAAUUCAGUCUUUGAAAGGAAACAUUAAAGUGUCCAAGCAAGCUCCUUACGGAACUGAUUGGGACCUCCUCUGGAUUGGAGGAUGUGCAUCAGGCCCACAUGCGAACCAAACCCAGUUUUAUGCUAUACCAGAUGACCCCACCGUGCCAAGUGUCCAACGGCGUGCCACUUGGUCUGGCCCCCUUGACAGUUGGAAAGAGCAAUUUUCUGAAGACUCAACCCGGUUUAUCUACCGUGCUGAAGCAGGUUGUUGCACUUUUGGAUAUGCAGUCACUAACAGAGGCGCAAAAAAAAUCCUUACCGCCCUUGCUAUUGAGCACAUAGAGGCGCCCGUUGACAACGCUAUGUCUGAAUUGUGUGGUGGCCUCGGUGAUCGUGAACCAAUUGAUUGUUUCGCACCUUUCCCGAACCUUGUCGGUACAUAUAGACCAGCGGGUCCCGCAUAUCGAGACUCCGACAUAGCCAUUACUGGUGACGAAAGCAUUCAUGAGGAACAGGCUUAUAAUCUGGUAUAUAGCACACGUCGCAAUAUCCAUAGGUUGGUAGCUGGCGAGCCAACCGUCUUCUCGCAGUGGGGUGAAGAGUCACCGUGGUCACCGGGAGAAAUUCGCUUGCAAGACUUUGUUUAUCCUCGAGGCUAUCUUGUCAACUAG